AUGCCUGGCGCAAGCGUCGCAGUCCUUCCGACGUCAACAUCAUCGACGCCGGCCUCACGGAAAGCCUCACUCGCACCCGAACGCAAGUACAAGUGCCAGUUCUGCAACCGAGCCUUCAGCAGAAGUGAGCACCGCAGCAGACAUGAACGAUCCCACACCAAAGAGCGCCCCUUCAAGUGCAUGAAAUGCCGCAGCACCUUUGUCAGACGCGAUCUUCUCCUUCGUCACGAUCGUACCGUGCACGCCAAAGAUGGAGGCGUUCCUCUUCACAGCGAUGGCAAGAGACGUUCAGGCCCGAAGACGAGAGCCAUCGGCGGCCCGGCCAAGACACCCAUGCUUGACCAGUCCGCGAUAGAUCAGAUUGAAGCCGCCUCUCACGAUGGCACCUUCGACCUCGAGACAGCUGCCAUGCUGGUUGCAGACUUUCAACACAAGGCCGCCGCCGGCGCACGCGCAGGGGGCAGUCCAUCGAUGCCCUACUCGCCACAUGCCAUGGACUCGUCUGCCACGUACCCCUCAGGCGCCAUUCCUGUUCCGCAGUGGGAGAGCUUCAUAUCUCAAUCGUCAGAAGCAAAGGCGCACUCCAUUGCAUCAUCAGCAUCUGGCUCGUUCGAAUCUCAGCAGUCCUUCAACAGCACCAGCACCAUGCAGCCUCGCAACGUUCAGCUUCCGCCCAUCAACGGACAGACUUGCAACGGCCUCGUCCCGGCGCUGCAGUCCAUGAUCAACUCAUUGCCAAACUCCGAAGCUGGUACGCCUGUGCCGCAAAGCCCUUUCGUCACCGAGGCGACGUUGUCAACUGCCGGAUUCCGGGCCCCUCAGGUUGCAAGUGACGAUGAGCGCAACCAGAUUCUCGACAACAUCCGCGCCCAAGACACUGAGCAUGCUAUCCCCGAUGGUUUCCGCCUCCCCAACCUGGCCUCCUUGAACCGAUUCUUGUCGACGUACUUCGGACUGUUCCACCAUCAUCUCCCGUUCCUGCAUCCCGCAUCCUUCGACUCCACCAAGGUCUCUCCGGCUCUGCUUCUCGCAGUGCUGAGCAUUGGUGCACUCUAUGCGUUUGACCAGGACCAGGCCUAUAUGCUGCACAUCGGAUCCAAGGUGCUUGUCAACCAGUUCCUGCAGAACAAGGAGAACUUCAGCUCGCGCAAGUGUCCUCUGUGGACGAUGCAGGGUUCGCUUCUCAACAUGAUCUUCGCCAGCUGGAGUGGUGACCCGAAGGGCCUCGAAUGGGCCUGUUCAAUCAAGAGUCUGCUCGCUAACAUGGUUGCGGGAAAUCGCUACGAGCUCAAGCUUCGUCAGGAAGCCCGUACUAGUCCUCAACCUACACGCAACGAGUGGAUCGAGGAUGAAGGUUGCCGGCGCACCUACUACGCAGUCUACAUCUUCUUCGGCCUGCUGACCUUGACAUACAACCACACACCAGCAAUCAGCUUCAACGAGUUUGAGGAUUUGCAGCUUCCUUCCACCGAGGGACUCUGGAACCUCAAGGUCACGGAUGAGGCUUCUUGGCAUGAGCAUUUGAAGACGUCGCCUGUGGUCACUUUCAUGGAGGCGCACGACAACCUGUUCCAGGGAGAGACACUCAGGUACAGCGCGUUUGCGUCGCGGGUAAUGAUCAACGCCCUGUUCCUCGAAGUGUGGUACCACAAGCGCAGCCCCGAGGCACUUCAGGAUGUUGUGACCGAGUACAAGCUCAGACUUGCGCUGGAGACGUGGGAGAAAUCCUGCGAGCUCUGCGAGCCUGAGAAUGUCUCGGUCCCACUGAGUGCUCCUCACAAGGGACAUCCUCUCAUCUUCAAUGCCAAGGCUUUGUACCGGAACGCCAGAACUCGGUUGGAAGUUGAUCUGAAGUCCGUGCAAGAGGCGCUGCGCUACCACGACUCCUACGAAGUCGCGGCUGCCAUGUCAGCUGCGCGGGAUCGCGUGAAGCGCUCUAGUGAGAUGAUCAAAGUCAUUCAAGAAUGCUACAACUGUAUCGAGAUUGCCGUGGUCCAGGGUGUGCGUUGGGUUGCACGAACUUCGCCAACAAACUGGAGCGUCGAGCAUGCCUUGUGUGGACUUGACCUUAUGAUCGUCCUCUCACUUUGGCUCUACCGUCUGGAACAUGACGAGGAGCCAGCCACAGAGGAGGAACUGGCCAUGUACAACAUGGUUCGACAGCUUUUCGACAAGGACCUCGACGAGGCCUAUGCAUCCCAGCUUAGCUCUGUUGUUGCCCGUCUGUGGGGCAGCAUGUUGGACGAGGUCGUGGUCUGGGGAAUCACCCGACUUAUGGGAGAAUCCUUCCGCCUGCACGCGCAAGCACUCGUCGGCUACCAGGUCGAAAUGGAAGCUUCCUCGAGCGUAUCGACCCCUUCGAUGAUCUCACAAGGGGCCGAUGAGGACAGCGUGUACUAG